GAAAAACGCUGACAUCCAGUGUAAUUGAUACUCGGUGUAAUACCCAGCCAGGUAUUUAGGAGAGGAGUUUUGAGGAGGGAGGCUUGCAAAAUGCAAAGUAGCUUCUAGCACGCAGGGUGUGGACUUCUGGAGCAGGAAGCCGUACUCAUAAUAAUAACCUUCUGGCAACAUUGUGCCGAUGUUUUGUAUUUCUGCAUGUGCGAGAGUGAUCAGGGAGUGUACAUCAACAGCGUCCCUUGCUCCCGAGUUGGACAGCCCCAUCUCUGGCACUAGAAGGAGACUGUUUCUGUUUCCAAAUUGAAAGACAAUGACAAUUGUGUGACUAGGAGGACAAAGCUGGAAACCCACAGGUGGAAGGCGUAGAACACAGCCAAAGAUGUUUUCUUUCACAGUGGGAAGCUUGAUUCUGCAAGAUAAUAAGUAUAUCCAACCAAACAUCUCCAGUACAAGAAAAGUCUCUCAGCAUCCUUCGUAUUUCCUGAAGUCCUGUGAAAACAACCCACAUUUGAGUAGUAGCCCAGAGCUGCCUUCUAGGGGACUCGGAAAUGAACUGAAAGGUGUAUGCCCGUGUUUAUUGAUGGCUGGGAAGGAGAUGCAGCCUUGUUCACUGUUUAAGGAAAAAAGCAGCAGCUAGCGCUUCAGUCCAGCCAAGCUGGUUUUUGUUCAGCAGUCUGUGUUGAAGUUCCAUCAGAAACAGAGGCUGUCCAGGGAACGCACAUGAAGCUGCUCUGCAUCUCCUGCAUGAAGAGGGAAGAGGUCACAGCCAGCACGGUGGUGGAAUGGUUCUACAGGCCGGAGGGUGGAAAAGAUGAACCUAUCUAUGAGUACAGGAAAACAAACCAUGAAUUUCCAAGCCGCUUCAGUGGUCGGUUACAGUGGAAUGGGAGUAAAGACAUGCAGGAUGUAUCCAUCAGUGUGUUAAAUGUGACCUUGAACGAUUCUGGUAUCUACACCUGUAACAUCACCCGGGAGUUUGACUUUGAGAUUCACCGGCCUCUCUUCACAAGCUCCAGAGAGAUCCACCUCACCGUGGUGGAGGAGGCUGGAGAAGACUUCACCUCGGUCAUCUCUGAAAUUAUGAUGUAUAUUCUGCUGGUCUUCCUCACCUUGUGGCUACUGAUAGAAAUGGUCUAUUGCUACAGGAAAGUCUCCAAGGCGGAGGAGGCUGCCCAGGAAAAUGCGACAGACUAUCUUGCGAUUCCGUCGGAAAACAAGGAGAACUGUGCCGUGCCUGUGGAGGAGUAGAGGAGAGGAGUCAGCAGAACGAACGGCACCAAGGAGCUCUGAAGACAGAAGGACCACGUCAUGCCAGCCAGGUUUGAGGGGGAGCUCUGUGCCGUCGGGAGGAAUUACGGGGAAGUGUAAAUUCUCUUCCAUUUGCCUUGGACUCUGUACAGCCUUGACUCUGGCCUCAUGACUCCAUUCUGAGCUGCCUGCCCAUUUGCUAAAGGACUCGUCUUUUGAAGCAUGCUGAGCAAAGGGCAGGGGUGUGGGCAGCACGGCUCCUUCUCAAGUUUCAGUCCCAUCAUCACCUUAAUGGCUUUGUAAAUGUUAAGUGUCAUUUCUUAGCUGCUGUCACCACCACCUUUAUUUGCUGAAUAUGCUAGUUCUCCAUUGCAGAGGUCAAGGGUAUGUAUGUCAUGUCACUCUGACCUGCAGGACUGGGAAUGAGGUCAUCUUAGGGUGAUGCUCCGCCAUACAUUACAGCCCAAGCAGUCUCACUGAUGUUAAAGCAGGAAGAAUUUAAUUAAUUAGUUGUUGCUUGGUAAGUUGCUCUGGACCUUGGGCUGCCCGUGCACAGGCAGAGUAGGAUGAGGACUGUAAUGCAUUAGAAUUGUUGCAAAUGCGUAGUAGGAAGGAUCAGUCCCUGUGCCAUGUUCACACUCGCCUCUGAAGGAGGGAACUGAGAAUCUAGAUCCUGAAGUACUCCUACUUUGGGAGGCCAUACGAUGUAAGUAUAAGAAUCCCCCAUACCCGCCCCUUCUGUUUAGUAAGCGUCAAAAUUCUUAGUUCCUUCCGUUUGCCUUGCCUAGCAGGUUUACUCCUCAAGCUGGCAGAGACACAGUGAUAGGAAUAACCUGCGGAGCCACGUUCUACAACAACAGGCGAGCCCGCAGGACAAGGUAUGCGGUUCACCUCUUUCUGGGGAAACCCCCUGAAAGGAAGAUAGCCUGGUGCGAGUAGGCAAGGAAGGCAAACGGGGUGCACAGCCCUCCCAGGAAAAGGACGGAGAGCUCUGUAACAUGGUAGUACUCCUCCUUGUAGCUGCGAUGGUCUUCUCAUGCUGUAGUGUAGCACCACCUAGGGGAACAGGCAGAAAGCACUUACUUUUUCCUAGCUAAUCGUAAUUUUUUUCUUGUGAGAAUUAGUCCCUGGUUUGAAUAGUCAGCAUUCAUCGUAAAUGACCCGCUGCUGCACAGGAAUCGUGCUUUAAAUUCAAUGUUUCCUAUGCAAACUUACUUUUUCAAUUGUAGUGGAUUAAGCAGAAUAAAAAUUGUUUUCUGGCCUCAAGUGUAGAUCACUUGAGCUCAACAGCUAGGAUUACAAGGAGGAAAAAAAAGGCAGAAACAUUGGCCCGGGGUGGAAUUGUACCUUAAGACAAACCGGGGGAAGGUUUGUGUUCUUCAUACAGCAUAUAGCUGUUACAUCCCUGCUGCAAUGGAGCCUAUACUGCUUGCAAGAGUUGACAAAUUUUGCUACACUGACUGCUUUUAAAUAGUUACAAAGUGCUUGUGAAUCAAGGCAUGCUGCCCGUCUAUGGAAUUUCCCCUGCUUUUUUCUGCUGCUUUUUAUGUGUUGCUAAAAUCACAGAAAUUACUCCAUUUGUAAAUAAGUCAGUCGGGCCCAGGCCAGAUUUCUAACUGGCAGUUGUUCAAAAUUCCUUUUUUAGAGUGGGUGUCAACUUCAGUAAACUACUACAAUGCAGGCUUCA